AUGGCUGCAAAGCAAACGGGUAAGCGUAAACCUGCGCAGGUUGAUGACGAGCAGCAGGUGGAUGCAGAGGAUGAGGCCGAGGAUGAGGCAGAGGGUGAGGCAGAGGGUGAGGAGGAGUGUGCGUCAGAGCCGAGCCCGAGAGUCAAGGAAGAACUGGCAGAAGCCAGCCCAAACAAGCGCAGAAGGACAAGCAAGGCAGAGGUUCCAGAGGUAGAAAAGUCAGCCGCAAAGAAAAAGAAAAGUAAGAAGGAUGACAAGGAAGACAAUGAUAAGAAUGAGAAGAAGGAGAAGAAGGAAAACAAAGAGAAGACUGACAAAGAGAAUGGCGCAGAGAAGGUUCAGGCCAAGAAGAACGAGAAGAAGUCUGCCAAAGACGACAAGCCAGAGAAGCCACAGGCAGAAGCCAAGGCACAGCCUAAGAAGAAAGUGAAGGCGGCCGAUUUCUUCAAGAAUUGGAAGGUUGAGGCCAGUGACGCAGAGCCAGGGGACGAGGAGCAAGAAACCAAGAGAAACCGAGUCGCCGCAAUGGCGUUUAAGCGGUUGUUCCCUGGCUUGCCUGCGCACGUGAAGGAAGAGUGGCAGCGGGUCAACAAAUCCGUGAAGCGGGUGGAAGUGACCCAAUGGCUCAUGUCCCGGAUGCGCAAGGUCGAAGGAAAAUGGACGUUCGUGCUCGAUAACUCUUCGAUUGAGAAGAGCCGCCGAAGGCAUGACAAGGAACACUACGGCAACCUGAACCGUGCGGUGCCUCGUUUCAGGGCCAUCCAAAAGUGCGGGAGCCUUGACGCCUUGAAGGUGGCCCUGCAGAACGGUGAGAUCCGUGAGAUCAAAAGCAGUACCACUGGGAAAACUCUUUACCAGUGGGAGGAGGAGGUUGUCAGUAAAGGUGUUGAGAUGGAUCAUGCCACUACCAUUGGGACCGGUUCUACGGGCAUCGGUUCGGGUGUGUUUGAUGGGCUGUGGGCUGCGUUGGAUUUUUCCAGCUUGCAGCCUCAGGGUGCUUCUCUCACGGCUAUGGGUUCGGGCCUUCCGACGUUCCAGCAGCCAGCUUUGGGCUUUGGUGGUAUUUCCCAGCCACAGGCGCUGAGUGUUGCCUCACAGAGUUUGAAUGAGUCGGCCUCGGUGAUUCAAAAUUUGACGCGGAAAGCGUCAAGCGGCUCGCGACUGGCGAACGAUUUGUUGAAUAGGUUGAAUGCCUCCUAUUCCGCUGUACAGCGCAGUCACAGCAUUAUGACGCAGGUCAAAGUGACCAGGCGUGGUCCGCCAGGCAUGCAGUUGAAUCAACAGAAUGCCAAGGCGAUGCUGCAACAGGCGUUCGAUCAGUUGAAGGAAUUGUAUGAAGCGAUUCAAGUCGGCAAAUCUCUUGCCCGCUGA